AUUAACAGACACACAAUAAAACGGAAUAGGAAUGACUUGGAUAUACAACCAAUGGAAACGAAUUUACUCACCAAGGAUUUAGUAUAAAAGGAUGUCCUACUUUAGCUUGUUCUUUUUGAUAUCUUUCUUUUGCUAUUAAUCUUGAUUUUAAACUAUGAGUCUUACUCUCUAUCUCGCUCUCCUUUUCGUCGCUAUGAUUAUGGUGACCUCUGCUGCUCCUUCAAACAAGGCUUGCCAUAGGCUCGCGGAACCUCAUGCAAACGCUGUCUGUAAAUCCCAUUGCGACAAUGCAGGUUACUUAUUGGGUGAAUGUGGUAGAGAUGGUAUCUGUCUCUGUCGCACUAAAUAUAAGAAAUAAUGUUUAUAUGUCGAAUGUAUAUGUACAAUAAUACCUCUAUUUUAUCAACUUUGUAUUAUUAAAUAAAACCUUAUUGUUUUGUAUACUCCACUUUACGAAAUAUUGUUUAUGGCAGCACGUUUGAUUAUUACGCGCCAGGUAGAUUUGUUAAAAAG